AUGUCCGACUCCUCAGCGCCCAGUUCUCCAGGAAUCAUUCAUGAAUUCCCAAGAGAUCGGAUUCAAGAACACAUCAACGGUAGUGCUCGCGCGAAUUUGCAGCCCAUGUACAUCCCGCCACAGUACCUGCCCGGGGGUAAACGGGCACUCUCUGGGGUUUCCAUUCGUGCCUUUGCGUUGGGCAUUGCAUUGGGCAUUUCUACGAUCCUCACAGUGGAGCUGGUGUACUGGGGCAAUGGACUUUGGAGGGCACCAUGCUUUGUUGCAACACUGGCACUGUUUCACUACCUCGAAUUCGACAUGACGGCAAGAUACAAUCCACCGGAUGCCUCAAUCUCAUCCUUCCUCUUGCUGUCGAAUGGCAUGGGAUAUGCCGCCGCCCACACCUCGGCCAUGCUUGAAUUACUGAUUAGGUACUGGCUAUACUCUGACUACGCGCCAAUAUGGCUGAGGCUGCCAUUCCAUAUCCCCAGGAUCUUUCCAUCACUUCCAUCCUCCAUAACAGUUGGGCUGGGCGGCGCUUUGAUCGUCGUGGGACAGCUUGUCAGGAGUGCCGCAAUGCGACAGGCAAAGACAAACUUCAACCAUGUUGUGCAGUGGACGAAGAGAGCAGACCACGUCCUGGUGACGGACGGGGUCUACGCCUUCUCAAGACAUCCAUCCUAUUUCGGAUUCUUCUGGUGGGGUCUGGGAACACAGGUGCUGCUGGGGAAUCGCAUUUGUCUGGUAAUAUACGCUGUGGUGUUGUGGAAGUUCUUCCACCACCGCAUCAUUCAUGAAGAAAGGCAUCUUGUUUCUUUCUUUGGUGAAGACUACACUGAAUAUCGCAAACGCGUCCCUGUCCGCAUUCCAUUCAUUCGUUGA